AUGGAGUUUGUGACGGACCUGACACACCUCCAGGAGUCCAGCUGCCCCAUCUCUGACUACCUGAAAGACGCGGUGACUACAAACUGUGGGCACAACUUCUGUCGCUCCUGCAUCAACAUGAUGUGGAAGGACAUGGAUGAGACCUUCCCUUGUCCCGUCUGCUGAUUUUGCUUUCAUAACAAAAGCUUCAGGAGCAAUUGCCAGCUCUGCAAUUUGACAGAAAUUGCUAAACUACUGCAGGUCAGAAAGGAGAAGAGGAAAAGGCAGGAAGAGUACUCUGUGUGUGAGAAGCACAAUCAGUUUCUGACCCUGUUUUGCGGGAAGAACCUGGAGGUUUUAUGUACAUAGUGCAGUUUCUCCCUGCAACACCGGAAACACUACAUUUGUCCCAUCAAGGAAGCUGCCUCUUUUCACAGGAAGAUUCUAGAAUAUAGUAUUGACCCCUUGAAAGACAAUAUGGAAUGAGUAGAAAAAGUGAUAACGCUUCAAGCCAGCAAACUAGUGGAACUGAAGAAGAAGGUAGAGUUUAGGAGAGAAGAAAUCCUUUCCGAAUUUGAGCAAAUUAGACUGUUUCUACAGACGCAGGAAUCUCUUCUUAAGCAGAUGGUAGAUGAAGAGAGGGACAUUUUAACAAAACAAGCCGAACACCGUACAACAUUUUCAGGUCAUGUGUCCACAUUAAGACGUCUGCUGAAGGAGGUGGAGUCCAAGCAUAUGCAGUCAGACCUGGACUUUCUGACACACGUUAAGGGUAUCCACCACAGGUGAAACCUGGAAUAUCCUGAGCUCUUCUUAUUCCAGUUAAAGAAAUAUGGAUUUAGCCUUCCUCCACAGUAUUCUGGCUUGGACAGAAUCCUCAAGCCCUUUCAGGUAGACAUGAUUCUAGAUCUUGAAACAGCACACCCUCGGCUUGUUGUCUCCGAGGAUAGAAAAACUGUAUACAGAAAGAGAAAAAAGCAUCUCUGUUAUAACCCAAGGAGAUUUUAUCUCUGCCCUCCUGUCCUGGGUUCUAGGAGGUUUAGUUCUGGCCGGCGUUACUGGGAAGUAGAAGUGGGAAACAAGCCUAAAUGGACCUUGGGGGUGUCUUGAGACUGUUUCCUUCGGAAUUGGUGGAAUCGGCCAAUAGUUGAGGGUGGAUUCUGGGCGAUUGGGAGAUACGUUGAAAGCAUUUAUGUUAUGCUGGGUCCUAAGAGAACCCAGUUUCUGCCUGUAGUAAACCCCAGUAAGGUUGACAUUUUUGUGGACUGUGAGUUAGGGGAGGUUUCCUUUUACAAUAUGAAUGAUAGAUCUCUUCUCUAUACUUGUAAUGAUUUCUUUCUAAACAACUAUAAAAACAUGAUAGUGACAGCAAUUUUACAGAUGUUUUUGGUAUUAGUUGCUAAGUGCUUUGACUUUCUUAAAGUAUUUGAGAAUUAUAUUACUUAA